AUGGGUGUUGAACUCAAUAGUAGUGAUGUCGAUGGAGGUGGUAUUGUUGUUGUUGGUGGUGGUAGCAAUGUCAAUGGCGGCGGUGAUGUUGAUGGAAAUGAUGGUGGCAACGAAAAUGGUGGUUUUUGUAGUGGCGAUUAUGAAGGUAGUGGUGUUGGUGGUGAAAAUGAUGGCGGUAGUGGCAUUGGCAUUGGUGGUGGUGGUAACAAUGUUGAUGGUGAUCUUGUUAGCGAUGGUGGUGGUGGUAGAAGUGGUGGUGGUGAUAAUGACGAUAACAUUGAUGGUGGUGAUGGUAGCAAUGUCGAUGGUGAUGACAAUCUUGUGGGCGAUGGUGGUGGUGGUAACAGUACUGGUGGUGAACGAUAA